CGCACUUCCAUCUCACAGCUUGCCCCCCAAGCGGGAGGCAGGCCGACAUAAAUAUGUUGACCUACACUGACUGCUCCGUCUUUUCUUCCUCUUCCUCAUCCCCUCACUCUGACCUUGUUCCGCGGUGAAGUCCAUUGAUCUCCCAUCAUGUCAUCUCACCGGCCUUCCCCGCAGAUCCCCCGCGACCGAUCCAUCCGCCGCGCGCAGUCCCGUGGCCGUCCGAGCAGGAAGUCGCAGAGACGGUCUGUCCCAUCACCGUCGGUCGUCACACCAUGGCAUCGGCUGAAUAGCCCACCCCCCACCAACGAUCCGACCCUGUACGGGGAAGCCCCUCUCUCCCCUCCCCCCGAAACGCCCCGCCCAUUCCGGGUGGUCGCCGCGGCUCCCGCCCAGCCCGAUCCCGAGCCUCCUGCCUUCGAGCCACUCGACGAAGAUUGGACGGAAGAUGUCUUAAACUUUGCCUGGCUGCGGGAGGACAAGCCGACCUCCGAUGAAACAUACUACCUGUCGCCGGCGAGCAGCAACAUCUUCUCACCCAGCACCCCGACCAACUCCCGGACCAAGCGGAAAGCCAGUUCCUCACCACCCCCUUCCCCGACGCCGAAACGACUGGACAAGAGGCGCAAGGAGCAGACCAUGGUGGCGGUGGAGGUGUGCAGACGGUUGGACUUCAACCCGAAGGAGUACCAGCCUUUGCGGGAGGAUGAGUUCGAUGGGGUGGAUUGGGAUUCGUUGGAUUGAUGUACUGUCCGAGGGCGACUGGCAAAGGGUGGAGAUACUGUCUGCGAUGUGAUAGUAGACUUCUUUCGGGUUGCUGGGAAAGCAGUGGGAUAGGGAACCCACAUGGCCAAGGAUGUAUUACUCUGUACUGUUGAUAGAUAGUUAGAUUUAGAAUACCAUUGUCUUAUAC